AAUCAAAUAAGAUUAAAAAAUCAUUCGAUUCCCAGCAUUCAGUAAGGUUAUAAAAAUGAUCUAAUAAAAAAAAACUUCUAUCUUUUUGCGAUAUUCUUAGAAGAAACAGAGUAAGCAUAGACGCCUUUACUUAGGCAAUCCGAAACGGGUUCGUUUCAUCUCAUUCCCUCGGAAAAUUUGUGACUGAGACGCGAUGUCUCCGCUCUCAAUAUUACUGAUGUUAGUAUGUGUCUUCAGCGUGCUUAUUUCAUCAUGCGAUGGUUUAAAUAAGGCACAAUGUCAAAAAUUUCUACUUUCUCGUAGUCUUAGAGCAGACAAAGAUAAAGAUAACGACAAAGAUAAAGAUAAAGACAAGGAUAAAGAUAAAGACAAAGAGAAAGACAAAGAUAAGGACAAAGAUAAAGACAAAGAUAAAGACAAAGAUAAAGACAAAGAUAAAGACAAAGAUAAAGACAAAGAUAAAGAUAAAGACAAAGAUAAAGACAAAGAUAAAGAUAAAGACAAAGAUAAAGACAAAGAUAAAGACAAAGGUAAAGAUAAAGACAAAGACAAAGACAAAGAUAAAGAUAAGGACAAAGAUAAGGACAAAGAUAAAGACAAAGAUAAAGACAAAGAUAAAGACAAAGGUAAAGACAAAGAUAAAGACAAAGAUAAAGACAAAGAUAAAGAUAAAGACAAAGAUAAAGACAAAGAUAAAGACAAAGGUAAAGACAAAGAUAAAGAUAAAGACAAAAACAAAGAUAAAGAUAAAGACAAAAACAAAGAUAAAGAUAAAGACAAAGAUAAGGACAAAGAUAAGGACAAAGAUAAAGACAAAGGAAAAGAUAAAGAUAAAGCUAAAGAUGAAGACGAAGCUAAGGACGAAACUAAAGACGAAGUUCAAGACAUAGAAGAGGAUAAAGAUGAGGACAAAAAAACCGACAAAGAUAAAAAAAAAGAUAAAGACAAGAAGAAAGCGAAAGAUUGUAUAAAAAUUAUAUUCGGAGAUCCUCCUGAAGACUACGAACCACCUGAUAAGAUACCUGUGCCAGUUGGCGUUCCAUCUGCAAAUUAUGCCUAUUGGUAUUGGUAUUACCCAUAUUAUUGGUACUAUUAUUAUUGGGGUUAAGCUACACAAUUCGAUCUGAAUAAAAUAAUAUUAAAUUAUCAUAAAA